UCAUCUUUGUCGUCGUCGUGUCGACACCGUCGACACUGGUUGACGCCAGUUGACGCCGCCAUUUUGUGUAACACAGUCGUAGCUGGUCAUGGUCAUAGCUCAUAGCUUAGUGACUCGUUGGUGACUGUUGUGUGUCAGUGUAGUGCGAACGAAUUCAGUGCGAUUAAUUCGCGUUUCAUGCGAAAUAGUAUUACACUAUUGCGAAAAAAUAUAAUUGCAGACCAGUGCAAUCAAUGUUUUUAAAUCAACAUUGUAAAUGCUGAUUACUGCCAUCCUGUUCGAUACGUUCGCAUUCAGAAGGAGUAAACAUAUCGGAAACAUCUGGAUAUGGCUAGAGUUCAUUCGUAUGAAAGAGUUGUCGACGCUAUACUCGUGAACAGAGAUCCAACAUUUGAUACAGCAAUUCAAAAUGAGGUGAAGAUUAAAGAAGAGCCCAGCGAUACGACAACAAAUUCUGAUGAAGAAACUGAAGAUACAUCAGUUAAACGUUGCUUUAGUUUGAUUGACCACGAUUAUCAUCGCGACAAAUUAUCACUUAAAAAUGAUAUUUCAUGUAAAGACAUAAAUAAUACAGAAAAUAAACCUUCAUCGAAUAGUCAUUCUGUACGUCCAAAUGAUGUAAAUAAGACUAUUAAUAUAGAGCGUAAAAGGAAAAAAGAAAUUGAUAAUACCUCAAUACAAUUUAAAAAACAACGUUUCAAUCAAAUUUCUAAUAAUGAGAACACUAAUGUAUCACACGCAACUAAUAAUUAUAGGGAAAAAAGAAAACUACGACAUACAAAUGAAAAAUCAGUAAAUGAAAAAUUGGUCAAUCUAUAUAAAUGUGAUGUAUGUUUUAGAAAGUUCCCUUCUUUCAAAAAUUGUACAAUCCAUAAACAAUAUUAUAUUAAAGAAAAAGGUACCUAUUGCCUCCUUUGUAAAAAGCUUUACAAGAGGUCUGACAAAGUAGCACAAGAGGAGAUACAAUCUCAUCUUCGUAAACAUGUUAAACGCAAAUACACAUACAGAUGUAAUUUUUGCUGCCGUUCUUAUAAGACUAAAGAGGUUUUACAAUCUCAUUUAUUUCAUACACACAAAAAGUUAAUAUGUUUUAACAACACAAUUAAACGCGGCACUUCCAAAUCUGAGAAUGUAAAUACAUCUCAUAAAAAUGAUACUUUAAGAACUCGUGCAAAUAAAAAAUCAUUAUGUUCAAAUAAUCUCGUUAAACCAGAAAAGAUAGAUACUGUACUUACAAAUGAGGUCAAUAAAUCUUGCGAUAAUAAUGUGACGGAUACUGAGGAAUCAAGGAUCGACAAAUCAUCCAAUAGUGAAAACUCGCCAACUGAUAAAAAAUUACGACAACCAACAUUACUGGAAUUUCUUAUAAUUACUGGAAAGAAACUCGAUAUGAAAAUGAAAAAAAUUGAAAGUGAAUUAGAAGCCUUAAAAGAGCGGAAAGAAAGUGAAUUAGACACCUUUUUAAAUACACAAAAAGAACAUCCAGAAUCAGUACUUCCCGAAGGACAUAAUGAACAAAUUAAUUCCUCACCUACAAAAUCAGAUAAUCUUCCAAAACAAAACGAAUGUUCUACUCUGGAACAAGAUAUGAAACAUGAAAAAUUAAACAAGCCAUUUGUAAAAUUACAUGCGGAUGUUGAAAUAAUGAAAUCUUUUCUAGACAACCUUUCCAAUACAGCUGUUAAAGAUAAAAGGACUGAGGAUCGAACAAGUAACAUUACUUCAUAUGAUCGUGGGAUACCCUAUAGUUUACGAUCUCAAAAUGGAGUCUCAUAUAUCGUAGAAGUAGAUCCGAAUAUAGGAAUGAGGAAGAUGAAAAAUGUUUCUAAGAAGUCUCGAUUUAACAUAGAAUGUAGUACUGAAAAAAAACGAAACAUGAUUGACUCAAACAAAGUAGAUUCUAAAGUAGAUUCGAAACUUAGGGCUCGUUUUAAGUGCAAGGAGUUUACAAUUUUUUUAACGAGAUGUAAUGAACAACCAAGAAAUUCUUAUCGGAUUUCAACAACAACUGAUACCACGAGAAACACCUUCCGAGAAACUACUCAAGGCAACGUUACAUUGGAUCACGAAAGUGAUGUGCAAAAUACAGUAAAACUCAAAGACUUAGAAAUUUCUUUGGAACGUUUAACAACUGUUCCAGAUAUAAAAAUUACAGAUGUAAAAACUACAGAUGUAAAAACUGCAGAUGUAAAAACUACAGAUGUAAAAACUACAGAUGUAAAAACUACAGAUGUAAAAACUACAGAUGUGAAAACUACAGAUGUAAAAACUACAGAUGUAAAAACUACAGAUCCACAAACUACAGAUAAAGAAGAAUCGGUCUUCGAAAAGCAUAAUUACAAUUAUUUUUUGUGUAAAGUUUGUGAGAAGAGUUUUACUUCAAAAUUAGCCAAACGCUUACAUAUUAAGUCGUCUCAUUUAGCAUAUAUGUCAAGUAUAUGUGAUGCACGAUAUUCAUCGAGACAUAAAUUACUUCAGCAUUAUCUAAGCGAACAUCCAUUAGAACAAAAUCAAUGUUGUAUUUGUUAUACGUUAUUAUCCAAUUAUGAAGAGCUGAAGCAACAUUUACACGUUCAUUGUCUGAAGUACAUUCGAAGAAAGGACGAUCAACAUUCAGUAGAUAUUGAGAUAAAUUGUAGCUUGAUCAAAAACGAUUUUAAGUGUUCUCAAUGUGAUAACACGUUCUCAUCAGAAUCAUCUUUAAUGGCACAUCAAAGUUGUUGCACAGUGAUGAAAGAAAAUCAGGAAGAUGUCAUGGAAGGAACAAGUGCACACCCGAAAGACAGUCUUAAGAUGCAGCAGAAGAACACCGAAAAAAAUAUACUUACAUGUGAUGAAAGCGCUAAUCUAGAUGAUUCACAUGAACUCUUAAAUAAAGACUGUGUAGAGAAACCAAGCGAGCACCAAGCUUCGCUUCAUGAAAAAGAAUCGCAAAUUAAUGAAGUCCAACAAAACGUUUCUGAUAAUAAUAAUUUAUUAAUUGAAAAGGAACUCGACGAAAAAAUUGUUAAUCAAUCACAAAAUUCUAAAAAGCUUUUAGAAAAUAGUAAUUCCACAACUAGUAAUCAGAAUAUUGUGAAUGCGCUAUUGGAUGAUGUUACAGGAAAAAUGACUUAUCCUUGCGAUAUAUGUGGAAAACAAUUUCAGAAUCCCAAAAAUUUGGAGGCACACGUACGCACUUUUAAUUUUACUAGCGAUACUUGUCCAAUGUGUGGCACCGGAUUCGGGUCUAAACGUCUUUUACAGACUCAUAUGACUGCAGCGCAUGUACCACAAAUUUCAAAGAAUUACAAUUUUCAUUGCGUAUUUUGUAAUCAAGGUUUUUUCAAAAAACAUGAACUUCGGCCUCAUAUAUUACACUUGCAUGGUCAACAAAUGCUCAACACCCUUACACGCAACCCCAACAUGAGACAAGAGAAAUCUAAUGAAACAUGUACUACUGCAGUGUGUAAUAUUUGUAAUUUAGUAUUUGAGACUCAUGACCGUUACGUAGAACAUCGGAUGUAUUAUUACGAAAACCAUACAUUCGAGUGUAAACUUUGUGAACAAACCUUUCAGGGGAUGUACAUGUAUCAUCAUCAUAAUAAACUUGUACAUUAUUCAGAAGAUAAACGCAAGUCAUACAGUUAUAUCUGCGACAUAUGCAACGAAGGAUUCAAUCACGAGUCACAUUUUUAUUCUCACAAUAUACAUGUUCAUUCGAAUGAAGUAAAUUUAGCUGAAAAAGAAGAGAGAAGCCGUUUAGAUCACUUAACCGAUACUAUGGAGCAUGUUAGAAAUAUUUUUACGAAACAAAAACAAAAUAAACAGCCAUCCAACGAGUAUACUUGUCAAAUUUGUCAGCUGAAAUGUAUAGAUAUGAAUCAUAUGGAAAAGCACAUAGAGUUUUAUGCCAAUGAUGGCCAUUUUAAAUGUGAUAAAUGUAAAAGACGAUGUAGAACAUUUUCUAUACUUAAUCAACAUAAGAAAUUAACUCAUUAUUGUCGUGAUAUUUAUAAUGGAUACAUGUGUCAUAUUUGCGGUGAAGUUCUGGAAACAAUUAUUGCAUUGAAAUGUCACGAGAAACACUCUCAUCCAGAUAUUACUGGCAAUAAUACGGAUAAUGGAAAGAAUUGUACUCGGAUUUCAUCUUCGAACGUUACACAGAAAAUAACAGAACAUCCAUAUGAACGUAAGAAUGAUAUAUCUAAUGUAACUGAAUACAAUUGCGUAUUCUGCAAUAUGAAAUUCUCCAGUGCCAGCAGUGUCCAAACACACAUUGUUCAUGUUCAUAUGGAUGAUAUGAUAGCUAAAAGAGCUUCUUUAAAACUUGCUCUUCCCAUUACCGAUAGUGAUAACAUUCAGAAACAGUUGAUUGAAACUACUCAAGCACUAUUAGAUGAUACGACAGCUAAAAGAGAUGCUUUAAAACCUGCUCUUCCCCUUACCAAUAGCGAUAACAUUCAGAAACAGUCGAUUGAAACUACUCAAGCACUAUCAUCAUCGUCUGAAGAUAAGUCAAUUCAACCAAUUCAGGCAACUCAACAAUCUGAUAAUAUCGCAAGUAAUGUUAUGACCAAAGCUGAUAAAAAAGCUAUUGAAAGAAUUAAAAGGAAGGAAAAAUUAAAGGAAUUACAACGUAUACAUUUGGAGAAACAUCAAAUUAUAAAGAAGAAUCUAUUGUCCUAUAGUAACAAAUCUAAUCAAGAUAUUUCGUCACUUAGUACUGCUGCAUUAAAUAUGACAUCAAAAGCAACUACCUCAGUUCCUCCUGUUGAACCAACUGUAUCAACUGGAUUACCAACAACUUUCAAGCCCAUCGUAUCAGCUAAAUUUGGAGACAACAGUUCAGUCCCUUUAGCCACUGGAUCAACAACUUCCACGACUGCUGCACCAAGUGCUGAAUUCGGAAAUAAUAGUUUAGUUCCCGUAUCUAUUGGAUCAACUAUUGUACCAAGUACUAAAAAUAACCCUUCAACUCCUGUAUCUGGAUUAACUAAUAAUUUCCUAAAAACUUAUGCAGGUCCUUCAAAAGUUAAGUCAUUUAAGGAAUAUAAAUCUAACUCAGCUUCAACAUUAAACAGAUCUGUAAUGAAUGAAAAUCAAUCUAGAACAACACCUGCAUGUACUUUACCUUUAGCAACUGUACCUUUAUCAACAUUGCAAGGUGCUAUGACACAGUCUUGGAAAAGCAAUGACAUUAUAAAUACGAAUUUUGAAUUAGGAAACAGUUACAAUUAUAAUUAUUCAUGUCCGUUAUGUGCGCUACAAUACCCAACCUUGAUGUACUUUCACGCUCAUCUCAAGUAUGCUCAUGCACAUGCCAUUCGAACUGAUAAACUGAACAUACCACAGAUUAAUCAGGCUCACAGAGGUUCUAUAAUAGAAUGUUUAUUGUGCCCAUGUAUUUUCAUUGAUGAGAUCACAUAUAGGAAGCAUUUGAGGAACUCUCACACGUAUUUUGUGUAUAUUGCAAACAAUGAGAUGGCGAAAUUCAAUAACCCCCCAGUAUAUAAUCCUCCAGUAACACAGGCAAGCAUUAAUAGAGAAAGCACAAUUCCUGAGACAAUUACUGUAGAUGACGAUGAUAAUAACAUUAAUAUUACACCAAAUCAACAGACAACCGAAGUAACAGCCACGCUCAAUCAUACAGGACAAAACGAUAAAAUUGGUAAAUUGAGAGUAAAGCCUUUUGCAAAGAUCAUUGAAAAUUUAGCUAAGGAUUCUGUGUUGUAACUCGUAUAGACUAAUCGAAUUUCUAACUAAGGUCAGAUUUUGACCAGAUUUAUUAUGAAAGUUCUUUUUCAAUAAUAUUAAAAAUAUAAUGACAUAUACCAAUUUAUAAAAUAUUUAGAUAAUAAUAAACAGUACAAAUGCAAAAAAAAGUUUUGAUUUUGAUAAUUUGUUAAAGAUAGUUGAAUGACGAAAAGAAAACUUAUUUGAUACAACAUAUAAAUAUCCAAUUCUUAUUUUAUAUUUACUUGUAUGGAUUAAUUAUAUCGAUUUUGUUUUAUCAAAACAAAUGUAUCGUUCAUUUACAACAUAAUUCGAAAAAUUUUCAUUUUUAAAUUGUUUACCAAAAAAAGAGAAUUCUGGUGAAAAUUUUACUGAAAAUGCAUUGAGUGAGAAUACUAAAAUUAUGCUUUUAUUCUUCUAUAAUCAAUGAAUUAAAUUGUUAUGUUAAAUGACAUUUAAAAAUGAUUAUAUAACGAUUUGACAACAUGUGUUUUAAAACAUUAAAACCGAAAAACUUUGUUUUUAAGUUAUAUCUUUGUUGUAGUAAAUGAGCUAGUAGAGAUGAUUUACUAUUAUAUCAUUAAGCAAAUAAAAAAUAGAAUUAUAACCAAAUACAAUAAACGUAGAAAUAGAAUAAGUUUGAUACCAAUUUUUAGUUCAUAUUUCAUAUUUGUAAAUUUAUCAAUAUGUAUGAAAUUCUUGAAAGACAAUUGAUUAAUAAUCAAUGUAUAUUUAUAUCCAUUAUUAAAUUUAGGCUGCAUUCGUUUUGGCGCUCACAGCGCUUGUGAGCAUCAUUUAUCCUUGUUUAAUAUUUGUAAACAAGAAAGAUGAAAUAAUGCAUACAGCGCGUGAGCGCGUCCAUCGUAAACGCACCCAUAAUGCUAUCGUUAGGACUUUAUUCAUAAGUAAUCUUGUAUUGGCUAUCGGAAAAUAUUGCAGGCUGAUUUAAAAAUAUCUGCUAAGUGAUGCUGUAAAUUGUUAUAAAUGCAAUUGUUAGGAUUUUACUUAUAAGUAAUCUUAGCUAUCGAAGGAUAUUGUAAGCUGAUUAAAAAUGUUAUUUAAUUGGUUAUUUAAUGUUGUAAAUUAACAUUCAUUAAGAAAAAAUAUUAUUAAAUAAGUUUCUUGAAAUCAAAAUUGUGAUCAAAGUUUUAGAAAUCUAGUAUUACUUCUUAAUGUUUUAGUUCGUUUAUAUGAAUAAAUAAGAUUCAUUAUUAUUGCUCUAAUUUUUUUAUAAGGAAUAUUUAGAAUUUUUGUGUUUGCGUUGAAAAUAUACUAUUAUACUACAAUUUUUCGCUUAUCAAUGUAUAAAAAAUUUGUACUAAAAAUUAAUAAAACUUUGAAUUUAUAUAUUUG